AUGAAAACACAAAAACAAAACCAAAGAAACACAGAGGUGCAGAGCACACUGUUGUUCCCCAUAACACCACAAGGGGGAAACAGCGUCCCACCUGUGGUGAAACAUCCCGUUCCGCUCGCUCCGAUCCUAUCAGACCGCGCAUGCGCAGUGAUACUCGGAAGAGCGCAGCUGGUACGGGCCCCCAAAGAUCGUCUGUGUCAGACAGAGCUUCACUCACCCCUAACUUUGAGGCUAGAGAGUUGGAAAGCAUGCACAGCGUCAGAAUGGGUAUUGAGAACACUGGCCAAAGGCUACAGGCUUCAAUUCGCCACAAUGCCCCCCCGUUUUCCCGGCCUCGUCUCUUCCCGUGCGCAGGGAGAGUCGGCCCGGGUGUUACGGGAAGAAAUAUCAGCUCUAUUAAACAAAAGAGCCAUACGAAUAGUGCCACACAGUCAGGGACUGGCGGGUUUCUAUUCGAGGUAUUUCCUGGUCCCAAAGAAAGGGGGGACCUCAUUACGUCCCAUCAUGGACCUUCGCAUUUUGAACUCGUAUCUCAGGAGAUACAAGUUUCGCAUGCUGACACACUCAACGCUGAUACGUUUGAUCCGACCGGGGGACUGGUUCACAUCAAUCGAUCUGAAAGACGCGUAUUUUCACAUUCCCAUUUAUCCUCCGCACAGGAAAUAUCUGAGGUUCGCUUUUCAGGACACAGUGUACGAGUACCUGGUACUCCCAUUUGGCCUGUCACUGAGCCCGAGGGUCUUUGUAAAAUGUGUCGACGCCGCUAUAGCCCCCCUCAGGGAGCGGGGUAUACGCGUGGCCACUUAUCUGGACGACUGGCUGCUGCUGGCGCGCUCAGAGCAAGAGGCUGCGGCGCACACGAGCAUUGUACUGACACACCUGGCCGAUCUCGGUUUUGUGGUGAACAGGGAAAAGAGUGUGUUAACGCCGAGUCAGGAAAUUGCCUUUCUGGGUCUCACGUUAAAUUCACUAACCUACACGGCUCGCCUGUCAGCCGAGAGAGUGCACACUUUCAGGUCCACUCUCUCUCAUUUUGCCAUAACACGUCGGGUCACGUACGGACUGUGCCUCAGGUUAUUGGGACUGAUGGCCUCAACAAUAUUGGUGGUGAGGCUGGGCAGGCUGUACAUGAGAGAUUUUCAGCGCUGGGUGGCUUCUCUCAGACUGGAUCCUGUGCGCCACAGACGCCGCAGUGUGACGGCUUGCGCGUCCUGCGCCCUCGCGCUGCUACCAUGGCAACGCCCGUCUAUGUUGACAGCGGGGGUGCGCAUGGGCGCAAUAUCUGCCAGAAAAGUGGUCACAACGGACGCCAGCCUGUCAGGCUGGGGCGGUCUGUUCGAGGGCAGAUCCGCGAAUGGGAUGUGGAGCACGGAUCUCAAACAUGCCCAUAUAAAUUAUCUGGAGUUGAUGGCAGUGUUUCUGACGCUGAAACAUUUUCUGCCGUUCCUCCGGGGACAUCAUGUGUUAGUGAGGACGGACAAUACGACCACGGUGGCGUAUAUCAAUCGUCAGGGGGGUCUACGUUCCCUACAGUUACACACUCUUGCACGCAGACUGAUAUUAUGGGGCGAGGAGCAUCUCCUCUCAGUGAGAGCGACCCACGUUCCCGGAAUUCAGAAUGUGGGUGCGGACCUUUUGUCCAGGGGAAAUCCUCUCUAUGCGGAGUGGAAACUUCACCCGGCUGUAGUAGCUCAGAUUUGGUCACAUUUCGGCCGCGCAACAGUGGAUCUGUUUGCGUCGAGGGGGAACACACAGUGCCCACUGUUCUUCUCCCUGCACGACCAGAGCGCACCGCUGGGGCUGGAUGCGUUCGCUCACGAGUGGCCGCGCGUCCUGCUUUACGCUUUUCCACCUCUGGCUCUGAUUCCCCCGACACUGCUCAGGGUGCGGGAGAAUCGUCUGUCACUAAUUUUGAUCGCUCCUCACUGGCCGUCCAUGCACUGGCUGGCGGAAGUGAGACAGCUCCUCCACGGUCACCCAUGGCCUCUCCCGCUGCGCAGGGACCUGCUCUCCCAGGCGUGCGGACAGAUAUUUCACCCUCAUCCGGAGCGCCUCGCCCUGUGGGCUUGGCCCGACUUGAUUGAUCAAAAGAGGGCAUUUUCUACUGUCAAAGUUUACUUGGCAGCUAUUUCUGCUUGCCAUGUUGGAUUUGAUGGGAAACCAGUGGGCCAACACCCCCUGGUUUGUCGUUUUAUGAAGGGUGCACGGAGGUUGCUGCCCGUCUCUAAGACUAUGUCACCAUCAUGGGAUCUAACAGUGGUGCUUGGAGCCCUCUCUAGUCAUCCUUUUGAACCAUUGGAUAACGUGGACAUGAAAACGUUAUCCUUGAAGGUGGCUCUGUUAUUGGCUUUGGCUACAGCUAAACGUGUAAGUGAUAUUCACGCUUUAUCUGUACAUCCGGCAUGUAUGCGGUUCACCCCGGGGAACCUUGGGGUGACGCUGAGACCGAAUCCUGCAUUUGUUCCAAAGGUUGUUAAACCAUGCUCCCCAGUGGAACUGUCAGCUUUUCAGCCACCUCCCUAUGGUUCUGCAGAACAGCAGCGGUUACACAUGCUGUGCCCUGUCCGUGCCUUACACACAUAUGUGGAAAGGACAAGGAGCUUUAGAAAAGGGGAUCAGUUGUUUGUGUCCUGGGCUAAGCCCCACUGGGGCAAACCUGUCACCAAACAAAGACUCUCUCACUGGAUAGUGGACGCCAUUGCAUUGGCCUACUCCAGCUCAGGCCUUCAGGUUCCGACUGGUUUACGGGCACAUUCUACUAGAGGUCUCACGACCUCUUGGGCCCUGUUCAAGGGAGUCUCUAUCCAAGACAUCUGCGCUGCAGCUAGCUGGUCUUCUCCCCUCACAUUUGCGAGGUACUACAGGUUGGAUGUCACAUCCCCUGGCCUGACCCACGCUGUCUUGAGCGUGGGCUCCAAUGUGGAUCUCACUUUUAAGUGA